UGAUGCCGUGAUGCAUUCUGAUGCGAGUUUGAAUUUUGAAAUCAAUAUCGCGCGCUUUUGGGUUUGAUAUCUAGCAACCGGAUUAUACUCGCCCGGGUGGGUUUUGUUGCACCGAUGUCUUCGGUCCCUUCAGUCCCACUGAACGAAGAAUGCAGCUCGUUUACGAGCUUCUCCGACUUGGCUGGCCUUCUUUGUGUUAAAGGCAUGCGCAGCCGAUCUUCUCUUUUACGGGAUGGUUUGUCGAAGUUUAGGAGCGACAUAGACGUUCUGGAGGUAAGCGACUUUGAUAUGAGGAAGCCGUUAGUGCCAAGCGAUGAGCUGCUUGAGUUUUGUGUCAUGGACGUAGAAGCAGGUCUCCUUUCGGAUUUCAGCUGCUUCUCCUUCCCUACAGCUUCUUCCAAGGACAGUCUGCCGCAACGCAUUUCCCUCUUCGAUUCCCUCCCGGUGGAGUAUUUCUCUCUCAAGUCCCUGGUCCAAUUCUUGCGGCAGCAUGCAGUUUGUAGAUUCCACUCGCCGGGGAUAUUAAGCGGGUGCUCGAUCGUGCCGAAGGAGGUAGUCGUCAAAACGUUUUCGCACUGGAACUUUGCGAAACUGUAUGCGGAGAACCUCCUCUCUUUCGUCCACUCGGAGAACAUUUGCAAUCUGUCGCCGGCUGAAACGGACCACCUCAAAGAGCUGAUUGCAUUGCAUGAGAAUCUGUCGUUCGACUUUCGGCGAGCUGCGUUCUUGGCCUUGUGGUGCCGACUGAAUGAUCUGACUCUCGCUAGCCCGCCGGAUGUCGCGGGCGGAGGAGGUAAGCUCUCGUUCACAGAGCUCAUCUGUGCCAUUCGCAGCUUCGACGCAAACAACUUUGCGUUGCUCAAGCGCUACCUCCAGUCGAGAUUCAAUCCGGUGGGCAACGGUGCCGAGUCGCUGGAAGAUCCAGCCGGGAUUCUGCACUGGACUUUUUGGGGCCUGGGCGGGUGGGCCGAAUUCAUCGCGAAGAAAAUCUCGAUUACCACCCCUGUCCUCUUGCCCCCUCCGCUAAACGAAGACCAGCCAGAAGGACACCUCCUCCUCGAAAUCCGCGCAUUCAACAGAGAUACGCUACGGGUGCAAGAGGGUGCCGUCACCUUCAUUUUGUAGACAUGCUGUUCUCUUCUGUCUUCGUUUCCCGUCGAAACCCUUCUGGAGGGAGAGAGGUAGCCUCUUAACUCUUGCUGAUC